AAAAGGUGUGCAACGAAAAUUGACAUUGCACGCUCGAGCAAACCAGUGCGGUAGAAGUCCAACAAAACUGUACUGUAACUUUUUAAAAAAUUGUUUCUGUGUUGCUAUUUUAUAAAACAAAUAAUGCACUUGCUCUGUCGUGCGUAAAAGUAAAUGCAGAGAAAGCUCGGUUUCUUCAGAUGGAGCACACUGGGCACUCGCCGCAAGCGGCUCGUGCACAGUGCGACUCCUAUCUAAAGAAACCUCGCGUGCUCUGCAUUUCCACUAACGCACUCGGCUGCAUGCAUUAUUUGUAUACUAUAGGCCGGCUAUAGCCGACGACUGGCAAAAUGGCGAUGCAUGUGGCUGGAAGUGUGACAAUGAUCACUUGGAAUUGUAGUGUGAUUUAGCUCCUAUUUCUCAAAGUUUUCUAAAAUCUACGAAUGUUUUCUCGAGGAGUAGAUAUUAAUCUACGGAAUUAUGCAGUCAGUUUUGGUUUAUGGGCGCCAAAUUGCCCGUGCUGUGAUGGGAUAUGUACCGUAUGAUGCGAGUAGGAGCAUCGAGUACAGGAGGGAUCCGAGACGAAUGCGCCUGGUUACCGCAUCAUGCGGUUUCUCGAAGGAUGAUGCCGCUGCAGAUGUGAACAGCCGUGUCUUCAAACAGGGAAUGUUUGGAGAUGAUGCAUGUUUCGUAGCCAAGUACAAAGGAUUCGAUGUCCUUGGUGUUGCUGAUGGUGUUGGGGGAUGGAGAGACUAUGGCAUUGAUCCAUCUCAGUUUCCUUGCCAACUGAUGAAGAUGUGCAAACGGAUUGUCAAGGAGGGUCAUUUUGAUCCUCAUGCUCCCGUCGCUAUCAUCGCCACAAGCUACCAAGAGCUCUUAGAGCACAAGGCACCUCUUAUGGGGAGUAGUACAGCCUGCAUUGUCAUAUUUGACAGUGACAACAAGACGGUAGCUUCUGCAAACCUUGGUGACUCCGGGUUUCUAAUCAUCAGAGCUGGUAGGGUGGUACAUCGGUCAGAGGAACAGCAGCAUUAUUUCAACACGCCGUUUCAACUAUCGAUAGCACCCCCUGGCUUACGAACAAUAUUAAGUGAUAGUCCACAUUCAGCAUCGAGUUCACUCUUUACUGUUAGAGAGGGCGACAUCAUCUUAGUAGCAACAGACGGUCUCUUUGACAACAUGUCAGAGCAUAUGAUCCUUGGCGAACUUUCAAAACUAAAGGUUAGUCAUUUUUUUCCAGGAGAUGAUACAUGCAUAUAUAUAUAUAUUUUUUUUUUUUGGGGGGGGCAUGUAUAGAUUGGAUAUCAUACUACAUAUUAAACUCAAUCAUACCCUUGUAGUAUUUCAUUUGAAAUCGAUGUACUUUGUGAUAUUUACCUUCAACAAGACUCCUUUUGGGGUUUUGAAAUUAUUUUUCCACUCCCUUCAGUCUUGAUCCAGCCCUAUGUUUUUUGCUGUGCAAUUGCUUAUAAAUCAAGUGUUAAUAGCCCUUUUGUUAGAGACACAAAAAUUGACACCCAAUAUAUACAGACAUAAUUGUUGCAAAGUCUUUUCUCAGCUCAUAUUCUGUUAAACUAUGGAUCUAGUAGGGUUCAUGGUUCAACAUAAUCCCACAAAUUGUAGUAUGUGAUAGCCAAAUCAAUUUGCAGCUGAAAGCAUACAUUAAAAAGAAGGACAUGUGAAAGAGUGUAGUGUGAUCAGCCUGAGAUUUCAAAUUAUCCACCUAUGUUUGAUCCUGCAAAUCUUGGGAUCUUGAUUUGUUUGAAAUGAUAUCUUGGGAUGUUUGAAAUGGAAAAGUAGCAAGCAGGCUAGUUUAUGAGGCUCAACCAAAGAUAACAAACCUAAGUUGAUUAUGAAUCAUUGGCGAAGUUGCUCUCUAUUGGUGAAUUAUCCCACUUAUUCCAAAACAAAAGGCUAAGAUGCAUCCAAGAUUUGGCUCAGAUAUGAUAUCCAUACUAGGUAGCCUCAAAACACAUUCAACUGCUAGAAGGUCUGUCUUGUGUAGUGAUAGAUAUAUGGGUUUCUUGAAUCUCAUGAUUAAUUUGAAAUAAGGGUGAUCAAGCUAGUAUAUUAAGAUUUAGUAAAGUUUGGGCUGGUAGAAAACUGGCAAAUGGCAAUUAAAGUAAACUGUUUCUGGGUAGGCCUAUACAUGUUGUGGAAUAAGACAAGGAAGAGAAUUGACAAUAUCAGAACCUACAAUAUUGAUGGGGUUUUUUCACCGUAUUUGCAAAUUGUACAUAGAUACAAACUGGCCCAACAUAAAGUAAAUAGGCAUACAGUACACAUGCAUUUGUAGUAUUACCAGGUGGAAGUAUGGACCUACUCAUGCUCCAAUAAUAUCAUGUAGGAAGUUGUUUUUCAAAUGAAUGAAUUCAGGAUCCUUACAACCUUCCCUUUACCUUUGCUCAAAGAAUGAAUGAAUUCAGGAUCCUUACAACCUUCCCUUUUACCUUUGCUCAAAGAAUGAAUGAAUUCAGGAUCCUUACAACCUUCCCUUUACCUUUGCUCAAAGAAUGAAUGAAUUCAGGAUCCUUACAACCUUCCCUUUUACCUUUGCUCAAAGAAUGAAUGAAUUCAGGAUCCUUACAACCUUCCCUUUUACCUUUGCUCAAAGAAUGAAUGAAUUCAGGAUCCUUACAACCUUCCCUUUUACCUUUGCUCAAAGAAUGAAUGAAUUCAGGAUCCUUACAACCUUCCCUUUUACCUUUGCUCAAAGAAUGAAUGAAUUCAGGAUCCUUACAACCUUCCCUUUUACCUUUGCUCAAAGAAUGAAUGAAUUCAGGAUCCUUACAACCUUCCCUUUACCUUUGCUCAAAGAAUGAAUGAAUUCAGGAUCCUUACAACCUUCCCUUUACCUUUGCUCAAAGAAUGAAUGAAUUCAGGAUCCUUACAACCUUCCCUUUACCUUUGCUCAAAGAAUGAAUGAAUUCAGGAUCCUUACAACCUUCCCUUUUACCUUUGCUCAAAGAAUGAAUGAAUUCAGGAUCCUUACAACCUUCCCUUUUACCUUUGCUCAAAGAAUGAAUGAAUUCAUGAUCCUUACAACCUUCCCUUUUACCUUUGCUCAAGGAAUGAAUGAAUUCAGGAUCCUUACAACCUUCCCUUUUACCUUUGCUCAAAGAAUGAAUGAAUUCUGGACUUUGUUCUUUGCAUAAAUUUGCUGUUAACCAUCAAAUACAAAAUAUGGUAUAUCAGCACUUGUUGAAUUAAUGCAGCUACAUGUAUGUAUCAGUAUUAUGCACAGGUAGAUUCCUGGUUGUAACAGACUAGCUAUACAGUAUCCUGAUUAAUAAUACUUCUCUUUGCGCUCAAUACAUGAUGUCUGAAUGGCAAUCUGGAUUCAUAUGUACAUGUAAUAGGACAUCAUCAUCUGACUGAUAUCAAUAUAAAGUAAACACUUACCAGCCAUGUGCCUGACUAACCCAGUAGCAUGCCCUAUUGGCUGCUUCAUCAUAUCAAGUUCUGUUUAAUAUUUACUCUUCUACUUCAAAGCAAACAUGACCAGGGUUCAUGAGUUUGAUAUGUUCUGAGUGAGAUAAGAUGAGUUUUUUUUUCUCUCAAGUGAACUUCCACAUUGUCUAUUCCAUCUUUGUGCUAAUACAGAAAGGAACUGAAUGAUUCUGUGUCUCGCCGCUGGAGAUUAAAAGCUCAGGAAUGUUGUCAGCAUUAGUGCUUCGAUGUUGAAAUAAGAUAAUGUGCUGUUUGUGCAUUAUGAAAGAAUUAGCAGAGUCAUGAAUUUUGUAGGAUUUAGCAAUAGAAUAGAGAGUAGAGUAUUUUUCAUACCAUGCUUUGUUGUUGAAGUCUGAAAUCUCCACUACUGGUACAAGUGAAAAAUAUCUUCUUAAAUUAUUUGUGCGUGUGUGUAAUCUUUCUCUUGAAAGCAUGUUGUUGACCUUUUUUCUCUUGUUCAGUUGGUGUCUGUCGUCAUUUCUCAUAAUGCUGACUGGUUUUGUCUACAUUAAUAAUUAAGUAGAGAAUUUGUCUUUCUUUAAUAACUGUGGAGUAAGUGCCAGGAACAAUUUAAAUACUAUAAUGGAACAUAGCAAGAACAUGUAUCUAUCUGUACACAUUGUAGGGCCUUGGUACAUUAUAUCUUUACAUUGCUCCUAUCCUGUUCUCUCUGCCUCCCCUUCUCUUUUUAAAUAUCUUUUCCAUUACACUAGCGUACUUAGUUUUAUGUGUACAUGUAGUCUUUCCCAUUCCCUCUCUCUAUCCGUCUCCACUUUUCUUUCUUCACUGCCUACCCCCCCCCUCUCUCUUUUGCUCCAGCUCCCUCUACUUUCAAGAUCUCUCCCACGCUCACCAUUUCUCAUCAAGAAUCUACACUACAAGUAGAUGCAUUGGCAAUCAAAGUAGAGGUUCAAUUACAGCAAGACUCAAGGAGGGGUUGUAUAAAUAAUCGAGCAAUCCACAUCUGAUUUGUCUGUACUUCUGAAAGUCAACCCCCAUUAAUAUCAACCCAGAAGCUUGUCUUUCGACUGGCUCUUCAAAUUCAACCAAUUUCAUUGAGUACCUACAUGUAGGUUUACCACACAUAAGCAAUGUUUCUUUGAAGGACAAGGUAAUGAAGGUAUCCAUUGAAAGAAUUCCCAUCAGGUUUAAUUACUACAAUUGCACAUUUCAAGCGAUGGUGGUACUUGUCCAAUUUCAAGUGAUAUUUGUCCCUGAAAGUAAACCUUGGUUUCAUUUGAAAGAUGGGACAAUGGGACAAUGGAAAUUGUGACUGAAUCUCUUUCUUGGCUUUCGUAAAGAUCAAUCGUUUCUUAAAGAUCAAUGGCUUACAUGUACCUGAUUGAUGAAAACAAAAUUUAGAUUAUUUAUCACUAUGCUGAAAUGGAAGUAGUAAACAACUGUGAAAGAGGAAAUGAGUAUUACCUACAGUACAUACAUUAUGAAGGCCAAAGUGUUUCUCUUUCCUUAAAGGGGUUUACUUCAUAUGGAUAAACAAUAGGAAAUUACCAUGGGCUAUUGGAGUUUUAAAGGCAAAUUAUAAAUCACGCUUAGAGUAACAUGUGUAGAAUAAGUUUGUGAAAAUGUUUUGAGUAAGAUUUGCCCUUAUUCUUUCUAGGGUAGACUUGUGGUUCUGUGACAUCCGAUGUUUAUCCAUAAUCAUAAAAUUCACUCUCAAGUAGUCUGGACGGACAUUCUUUGAAAAUAAUGUUCAUGAAUAAAAAAAAUGAGAUGGAGUGCAAGAUGAAGUUCUCCUCAAAGUAGCAUCCAAACAUUGCUGCUUAUUCUGAUCCUUGAUCUCUCAUGAUUUGAAAUAAACCACAUCCAAUCUGCAUCUGAUCCACACCUACAAAUUCAUGAAAGAGGCAGAUUACUAGAUCGAUGCUAUCAAAUUUUAUGAGACCGCUCACUACAUACAGUAGAAAUGAUUUCCUCACCAUGCUUUUAUUUUCAAGAAAUAUUUCCUAGGUGCAGAUUACCCAGGUAACAAACAGUUCACAUUCUGAUGAUAUCUCUCUCUCCCUCUCUCCAUCUCACUGCCAUUGCCUGUAUUUUCUAAUUAAGUUUCUUGAUGAGAUUUCUUGAGACUGAAGGUGUUGUUUCCAAUAUGCUAUCCCUGAUGAAAUUCAAUGACAUAGAUCGAAGGGGCUUCCACAUUGCCCUGUAAUCAAAUUAUGAUCACACUUGAAGGGCAGACAAAUGAGUGAUACCUUCUCCUCUCCUUCUUUUAGACUUGUAACUAAAAAUUCACUAUACAAGUAGGCCUGCAUAGUAAUGAGUGCUCAUUUUCUUUCUUUCUUGAGACACAUGAAGCUGACAACCAAUGGUCAAAGAUUUAAUUAUGGGAAUAGUUUAGUGCAAAUAAAAACACAAUUGGCAAUAAUCCAACAUUGUACGAAGAAGCCAUGAAUAAAAAGUGAGACGUUAUCAUUUGAAUACCUCAAAUUUUGGUCUUUACCAACUAGGCCUACAAAAAGGACAUAAAUCAUGAAGAUAUUGAAGGCCCACACUGUACAUCCAGAUACUUUUUGCUCUAUUCAAAUCAAAUAGGCCUACCUCCUUAAAAUGUUUCUGGAGUUAUUUUUAUUCUGAUACAAAUUAUCUUUCAGUGUGAACAGGUUGAAGGUGAACGCUGGAUGGAGAAGAUGAGUUGAUGUGCUUCAGCGUUAGAGACAAUAGUGUGAUAGCUGGAGUGUGGCAUUGAUAUUAUGAGAUGCGAAAAUGUGACUACAUUAUUUCUCCUUGAGAUCAGGAAGUGAAUGUAAUCAAAUCAAUCCAGUUAAAUUAAAAAAAAACUAAUAUUAGUAUUUUUGCUUGUACACAUGUACAUGUAUGUUUGUGCUGUAUUGUGCAUGUACUGUGUAGUAUGCAUGAAAAGUAAAGUGAUUAUGGCAUUGACAAUGAUAGUAUUUGAUGAUGAUAAUACAAUGGAGGUGUAAAGUACAGUUAUUCAUUUGUUGAUAUUGACCAUGGAUGUUUUAAGUCAAUGAUAUGACACAAUAUUUUUAUGUAAUCUUCUUGAAAAGCAUAUUAAUAAGCCUACAUGUAGUAAUGAUUGCAGGGGGGUUACAUUGAGCUUCAUACAGUACACCCCUAGAUAUCUGUCAUGACUCAUUUGAUGCUUGAUACACUUGAGUUCCAGUGAUGUUCUUGACCCGUUGAUUUCCUAUUGAUAGCUGUAACAUGAUUAGUAACAGCUAGAAGAAAUGAGCUAGAUUCACAUGAAUCCAUAGCUUUCCUGUUUGACUUUUUAAAAGUUCAAGUUGCAAAUUGAGGAAUCUCCCAGAUUGCCAUUGCUCUAAAGGUGAUGCUGACACACUUUUGUAUUAACUUCCUUUAAUUUAGUGUAGAACACAAAAGUAUGCUGCAUGAUAAAGAUAUAAAACAGAAGCUGUGUUCGUAUGAAUUCUUUCUGUUUCAUUCAACUGAUCAAUUUCCUUUUUUUAUCUCUAACCAUAAAGGAGGAGAUGUUCAGGCAGAAGCAAGGUUCACAUACAAUAUAGUCCAGACUAUAGGUUUUGAAAAGUUCAAAAAGUCUCUCUCCCCUAUUUCUGUCACUACUUAUUUGAUGCUUGAUGAUACACUUGUAAUAUGUUCUUGACCCAUGGAUUUCCUAUUCAUUCAUCACACAAGAUAGUCAUAGAUUCACACAACAACUGAGAAGGCUAGUAGAUACAAGUUGAAUUCUGACUUUGUGUUAACUGCCAAAACUAAUUUGAAGAAUCUGCUAGUAAGCAAUAAGAUCAAUUAAUCUUCAUAAAAUAGCAUACAUGUCCCUGGAAACAAUAGUUAAAUU